AUGGCAUGUGGCAUCAAGACAUACAUUGGGCUUGCCAGCGAACUGUGUUCCAUUUGUGCCCAACCCUUCCAGAGCUUCCACGUUCUCCGAAUCACAACCAGCUCCGACUUGUUCGGUCGGGAGCAGGGGAGCUCCUUGCACCAAUCACCUCGGAUGGCCUUUGGACGACAACACAUCUUGCAUUCCCAAGAACACGCCGUCUUUGGCAACUUGUCUCUGCCAUUGCCCAACGCUGGUGCCCUAUCCCGUGGAACCUACACCGUCAAACCGUUUUGGCCAGACCACCCACUUCCCGCCGGUCGACAUGCCAAUGGAAUGGCCUGGGAUUCACCACCACGACGCACCACCACCAGCAGGAGCACUUUCCACCGUACAGAUGCUUCUGCCCUGCAAGCGCAGGCCACCCUCUGGCCUUGGAGAACCGAGGAUUACGGCGCACAAUCAGAUGUCCAGGGUGUCCCGGCAACCGAGAACAAUGACCAACAAAAGAAUCCACGAGCAUGCAAAGAUGCACUCACUCGUCCUGCGGUUUGA